AUGAAAACCAUUCUUGCACUCACACUCGUGAGUCUCUUUUGUUUGUCGCUCGUUGUGUCUCACUCAUUCAUUCAUGCUCAAGGAACACAGCCCAUUUUGAGUUGCAUUCCAGGAGUACCUGCCACUACUCAAGAUACCACCAAUUUGAAUUUCCUUUCAACUCGUGUGGCAGGAUCUGUUCGCACUUGGGGUGAUUCAUUCUCUGCUGUCUCGGCCAGUUUGGACCAACCCAUUUCCGUUGCCUAUUCCAAGUUGACCAAUGAGGUAUUUUUCACAGAUUACAACCACAAGAAAAUUAGAAAAGUCUCACCAAGUAAGGUCGUUUCAACUCUCGUUGGAUCAACUCCUACUGCUUUCUAUGCUGUUCAUGUGGCUGACAAUGGUGAAAUUUAUGCCUCAAGCAUGACUCAAAUUUUCAAAGUCAACGCCACUAAUGGAGCUUUGACCGUGUUAGCUGGAUCAGCCACCACAAAAGGUGAUUCUCCAGACGGUACCGUAGCGACCAGUGCAUUACUCAAUUUUCCAAAAUCCAUCUUUGUUACUUCCAGUAAGGUCAUUUACUUUACAGAUUCUGGAAAUCGUAAAGUGAAAAUGAUUGGCACCGAUGGAAAACUUAAAACAGUUGCAGGAAAUGGUAAAAAAGGAUAUAGCGGUGAUGGUGGUGUAGCCACUGCUGCUUCCUUGAAUAAUCCCUUCUCGGUCGUGGUCACUUCCUCAGGUGUUGUAUAUUUUACCGAUUCUGGAAAUGCUGUUGUCAGAAAAGUGUCAGGUGGUGUCAUUUCUACUCAUGUAAAACAAACAACGAGUAGUAUCAAAAUGGGAAAUCCAACUGGGCUUGCAUUGAAAGCAUCCACUGGUGAACUCUUCAUUUCAGACAACGCCUACAGUAGAAUAUUUAAAGCUUCUUCUUCUGGAACCACUUUGUCUGUAUUUGCCGGUGCCGAUUAUGGUUACGUCAAUGAUGGAACAUCUACUUCUGAAAUUCAAUUGAAUUCACCAUUUGGUCUCGCAUUUGCUCCUAAUAAUGAUUUGUAUUUCUGUGAUACUUUCAAUAACAGAGUGGCUAGAGUGAAUGCUGCAGACAAUUUGGUGUACAAUGUGGCAGGAAAUUUCGAACCUUCCUAUUUUGGUAAUGCAGUGAGUGCCAAAUCAGCAACCUUCAGUUAUGACAUGUCUCUCUAUGAAUACAAUGGUGAAAUUUACGUGGCAGAUACUGCCAAUAACUUGUUGAGAAAGGUGUCCAAGACUGGUCAAGUCACCACCAUUGCAGGUAAUCCAAACGGUGCUCUUGGUGAUGGCUACUCUGCCUUACAAACUCAGCUCAAUGGUCCAACAGCUGUUGUUGUCAAGAAGAAUGGAGAAAUUUUGUUUGUCGAAACUUCUAGUCAUAAGGUGAGAAAAAUUUCCACUUCAGGAAUUGUUUCAACAGUUGCCGGUACUGGUUUACAAGGAUACAGUGGCGACGGUGGAGCAGCGACCAAUGCCAAGUUGAACUUUCCAAGAGGACUUGCAUUGAAUAGUGUCACAGGUGAUGUGUUCAUUGUUGAUUUUGGAAAUUAUCGAAUUCGUAGAAUCAAUGCCACUUCAGGAGUCAUUUCUACUGUGGUAGGAAAUGGAGUGAAUGGUUUCAGUGGAGAUUCAGGUUUGGCUAUCAGUGCUCGAAUUUCCAGUGUUCCUUCUCUGUUUGUUUCUUCCUCGAAUGAAUUAUACUUCCCAGACGGUCACCGUGUCAGAAAAGUAUCCUCUUCUGGAGUGAUUACCACCAUUGCAGGAAAUGGAAAUCAAGGAUAUUCAGGCGACAAUGGCGCUGCAACCAAUGCUACUCUUAACAAUCCACAAAGUGUCAUUGCCACAAGUUUUGGAAUUUUCAUUGCAGAUACUGAUAAUAAUCGAGUGAGAAAAGUUGAAAUGGGUACUGGCGUGAUUCGAACGGUCGGUGGUAAUGGAAGACGAGAUGUGUUAUCUGAGGAUGAAAUAUUGGCAAGGUUUUCUGUGUUGGCUCCUCGUUCAUUGGCUCUCUCUGCAUCCACAAGCGCCAAUUCAUUCCAUGUCUCCGAUUUGAAUGGAACUGUGAGAACCUUGAAAGCAUGCUCAUGUCCAACUGAAUAUGCUGCAUUUUGUUUGAAAUAA